GGUUUAUUAAAUAUUAUUGUGGGCUGAAAGUGGCGAGGCAUCGCUUACUUUAAACGAGCAACAGGACGUAUUUGUAUCGUCAGGAUGCUGGAUAACGAGUCCAUACAGAAAAUGUUGAGGUCUGUCCUCAUGUCAAGCAAGACCGGUAUAUCUAUUAACAAGAUCCAGUCAGAGUACCACUCCCUGUGUGGAGAGUUCAUUCCACUGAAGAAGCUGGGCUUCUCAACCCUGGAGGACUAUCUCAGGAGUAUUCCGUCUGUAGUGAAGAUGGAGUGUCGCAUGGGUCAGCUACAAUGCUUUGCUUCAGUAAGUAAGGAAACGGCCCACAUCGCUGAGCUGAUAGCCAAACAGAAGAACUCCAAGAAAUCUGGUCGCUCUCAAGUCGUAAACUGCAAGAUGAGAUUCAAACCUUCCAGUCCCUACAUGCUUAACGUCACACCAAGGUCCUCUCUCCGCCAACCAUUAGCUGCAAGGAAUUCUAACUGGACAGCAAACCAGUCUCGAUCCCUUGGAGGCAACAGAGGAGGCAGUGCCUCAGGGGAUAUUAGGCAGUUGAACCACAAGUUGAACUCCGCCCCCCCUGUUGAACACAGAGAACUGUCCACUACUCAACCAGGUGUAAAAAGGAAUGUCCUACCCAACAGAAAACUGAUGUGUGUUGUAAACUCUGUAAACAACAAUUCUACAGACAUUCAUCAUGAUCAAGUUUCUGCACCAAGCAAACCUCAGAAUAGUCUGUACGAUGUGGAGUUGGUGCAGAGCAGACUAAAGCAGCUUCUGGAGAGGUACUCCUCUGGAUUGUGGAUGUCCAAACUGCCAGAGGUCUACAUUCAAAUGUUCAGUCAGAAGCUCCAUCCUCAGGUGCUUUUAGAUAUGGAGAAGUGGACAGAAAUCUGUUUGGUGGAAAAACCUUCCAUUACCAACAGAGCUGACCAGCUCGUCUACCCUCCUCUGCCUUCCAAGCCCGUUACCAACUCCUUAAAAACCACCAGCUCAUCUCCAACAUCACAUUUGGAUUCUACACCAGUUUCUUCCCCUCCCUCAACCCCUGAACUGAAUUCAAUUUUGUCUCCUUUUGCUGUUCCUAAAGCUAGAGAUUCCCCCCAAAACCCUUUGUCAAUGUCCACGUUACUUUUUCCACAACCUGCUGCUUCAGGAAAAGUUCUGCCAUCUGUGAUGUUACAAAGUCCUGCCCACAACCCCAGUCUGGCUCUAGGUCUUCUCCCAUGUGCCAGUUCUGCAGGCAACCCAAGCAUUGGCUCUAAAGUGGAUCACAGUUUGCCCAAAGUUACCCACAACCGAAACGCUGCGCCGCUAGACCCCACCUGGACUUGCCUUAAAUCAAACAACACUAACAUUAAGACUUCCUCUGCUGAACCUGAUCAGGACGUUUUAUCUCUUUUGAAAGUCACUUUCUCCUCGCUCUCUGAUUCUGCUUCUUGUCCUCCCUCCAAACCUUCUGUCGUCGUGUCAGCUGGGGUGCGUCAGAAAAUAAAGGAGCUCCUCUCCAAGUACAGUCAAGGUCUGUGGGCACAUGCUUUGCCCGAACUUUUUUUGGAUGCAUACAAGAUGCCGUUUCCUGAACAGAUUCUGGAUAACUUGACUCUUUUGUGUGAUAUAUGUACUGUGGAGUACCCCUUUUCACUUGACAAGAAGAAGGCAAUUUUAUACAACUCGAACAGCGUAGAUGCAGACUGCCAAGAAAGCCAGCAGAGCAAGAGCAACCCUCUCCCUUCUGGUUUGAAGGUCGUGGGUUCUGUAGUUCCUCCACGUCUGGCUCUUCCUUCUGAACAGUACCCCUCCGUGCUGGUGACUGAGGUCAAGAGCAGUAAUGCUGUUACUAUAAGGUAUGUAGGUGAAAACUACUCUGAUGCUCAGGAAGCCAUGGAAGGUGGCAUGCUUACCUUCUACAGCCAAAGCUCCAAACAGCAGACGAUUACUAACCCUGUCAUUGGUCAGCUGGUAGCUGUCAGAGGGGAAGAUGAAGAGGUGGCCAGAGCACAGGUGAAGGAUGUCUCAAACCUGAACAAGAUCAAGGUAUUCUAUGUAGACUAUGGCUUCUCUGUGGAGACAAGUGUGGCUAAUCUGCAGGAGCUGCAUCAGGACUUCCUUGCUUUGCCUUUCCAAGCUUCUGUUGUCGGACUUGCAGGCCUGGAGGCUUUCAGCUCCAAUUCACUGGUGCUGUCCUUGCUGGAUAAGUUGGCAGUUGGAAAGAUCCUGCUGAUGGAAACAUUGCAGCCAUGUCCACAGAAUGAAACACCACUGGCAGUACUUUAUGACACGUCACAAGAUGAAGAUGUAAACAUUAACUCCAUGUGCCUGAAGGCUCUGCAGGACAAGACUAUGAACAACCCUCUUUCUGUCAAUGUUACCUAUCGUGAAGUGUGCAUCUCGAAUGUGUGUGCAGAUGGCACCAUUUUCUGUCGGCUGCCCUCCAGAGGAACUGUAAGACUCAGGAAGUUGCUUGAAGAAGUAGAUGCAUAUUUCAUGUCUCAGAUGGCAUUCGAGUCCCUGGUUUCCAGACCUUUCACUGGCAAGUUCUGUUUAGCCCGAUACAAAGGAAAGUGGGCCAGAGCUGAGCUGACCAACAUGUAUGACAACAGAGUGAUGGAGAUUUUCUUCAUUGACUUUGGGGUGUCAGCAACUGUUGAAGUCACAGAUCUUCGAGAGAUUCCUCUUCUUUUUCUGAAGGCUUUUAUUGUCAUUCCACCACAGACUUUUAAAUGUCACCUAGCUGACAUCACUGUUCCAGAAGGAGGCUGGAGCAACGAGACCAUUCUGUGGUUGAAUGAGGCCAUACUGGGAAGAGAAAACUGCAAAAUGAAGAUCUCCAAACUAAAGGAGGACAAAGGUGAAAAGGUCGUCUUUAUGUACCUGUUUAUCGGUAAUGAUGGCCAGGAGCUGCACAAGAGUAUCAACCAUCAGCUGGCCCAGCAGAAACUGACGGCUCAGAACAACAAUGCAGUCGGCAGCACUGUCAACGAUGGUGUGGAUACAGAGCGUUUGACUCUGCCAAGCUCAUUCCUAAACCAAAUCAUUGCAUCAUCACGACUGCAUCCAAAAGAACUAUGUGAAACCACUAAAACUGAGAUUGAGCUGCUUCCAUGGCCUCCUCUUCUGGAUCUCCCCCAGCUACAGCAUGCUCUCCCAAGACAUCAUUACCUGCAGUCUACCCUCAGUUCGGACCGAACUAGGCAUAUGUCUCUUCCUCCGCUCCUGUUUCCUGAAACACCUUACAAAAAGAUCUGA